AUGGCUCCAAAAUUGAUCAUAUCCCGGCGCAAUGAGAGUGGUUCAGUUGGUACGGGAGAGGGUGAUUGGCGAGCGUUCGCUUCAGAUGAGGACUUCAUUUUGGAAGGCUGGUCUGAAGGAUUCAUGGUCGGCGCGCUCGUCAUUAUGGCAUGCAUUACCAUUGCAAAUAUGAGGAGGGGUGUUCUUUUGCACAAACUGAUUUUAGUCGAGCAACUUGCAGCACUCUCGCAUGGAACAUUCUGCUUCAUGGGAUUUACGGGCUACGGUUGGUACCUGUCGUCGACCGCCACGCUCUUGUAUAUUUCUUGGAUCGUCCACAACAUUGUCGCCUGGAUGAAAAUCAAGCCUUUCUUCAUGGAUUCCAGAAGCAUGUUCAAGCCCGAAACCGGCAAGUGGGUGCGGAGAAUAUACCUGGGGACUCUAGCACUCACGGUGCCUUUCAUCUGCUGGCAGAUUUCGAACAAUUUCCGGUUUUUCAACAACAUCAACAACUUUUACGUCAAGGUCCGGCCCUACGAGCCGCUCAUGAGGGAUCCAUGGUGGGUGUUUACGUGCCUGACCCUGUUUUAUGUCAUCAACUCCGUGUACGGAACGGGGGUCUUUGAAUUGAUCAAGCGAUCUCCUCGGUUUGGCAUUCUGCUCUACGCCAUCUGCUUCUCCCUCAUCUUCACCGCGGUCGACAUUGCGGCAAGUAUUCACAAUUUCACUGGCAGCACUGACGGGAUCAAUCCGUGGUGGAAACUGAGCCUUGUAUUCAAGUGUCUCACCGAUACAAUCAUGCUGGACGAUUUCAAGACCGAACUGAAGCGUCUUGGCAUCAGGCGAAUGCGAAAGGAAGAAUUAAGGAGGCAUAGCUUUGCCCUUGUCGGCGAUCCCAACGACUACAAGGAAGGGGAUGAUCAAAUGGAAUUCUCCGACGCUUUGAACACGAAUCCCCUCCAGUUCCAGACAAUGCAAAAUUUGGAUGACAGUCCCAGGAGCAGCCCUAUGGGGCGCUUGCGGCAGGACUCUAUCACUCAUUCACAAUCGAACGGGAGGGAAUCCGUCGGAAAAGGAGGCAGGAAGAUCUCCAAGCUUCCGAGCUUAAAGGACUUUACUUUUGCGUCUGGUGGCCGGAAGAAAGUCCGAGACCACGAUCUCGAGAAAGAAGGUCAUGGAGGAGAACCACCUCGUCCGGCCUCGCCAGUCUCGGACCGUCUGGCGGAUAUGCGAAGAAGUCUGGGCGUGAUCGACUACCCCCAUCGAUGA